GCCGCUGCCGCCCGGACUCGGCGCGAGAGGACGGCGUCGGCGGAGCUCUCCCGGCGGGGGGCCUCCGGGGCCCGGCCGAGAACGAGCUGGUCAAGAGGGCGGCGGCCUUCCUCAAGCGCUCCGGUCGGAGUAAAAGCGAGCAGAGCUCCGAUUCGCCGAACUGACGGCCGUUGGAAAUGAACGGCCACGCCCCCUCUUCCUACGUCAGUAGCGAUAAUGACUCUGAAUUGGAGGACGCGGACAUGAGGAAAGAACUUCACAAGCUGAGAGAAAAGCACAUGAAGGAGAUAUCGGAACUGCAGGCCUUCCAGAGGAGCGAGAUCGAGCGUCUGUACCGAGAGGUGGGCAAACGGCCGCCCCCCAACGCGGGCCUGCCUCACGCCGCGCCUCCCUGCGGCCGCCGACGCAAGGCCGCCAAACACAAAGUCAAGGCGGGAAAAUUGCUCAAUCCGGUGGUGCGGCAGCUCAAAAGCCAUCUCGGCGCCGACGCGGCCCAGAGAAAAGGGGAAAGUUCUGGAAGUUCCUCGGGAUCCCCCGCCAAGAGUUGGGCGCCAUCCGAGCGCUCCGGCGGGCAGCGCGGCGCCAGCCCCGAGCGAGUCCACACCUGCCAACCGCGUUCCUUCAAAGGCUCUUUCUCCUCGGACCACAUCCACGCGGGCCAACGCGCCGACGGCACCGCGAACUUGACGAGCCGAGGCUGGACGGUUUACCACCAAACGUCGGAGAGAGUCGCCUUUCAACCGAGUGGCAAACCACGCGCUCGAUUCCUCAGCAGACCCGUGACUGUGUCCAUCUGGUCCACACUGAAACGACUAUGUCUAGGCAAAGAGCGCAGUCAUAGGUCUUCGUUCCGCGCCAACGCCGCCGCCACGGCCGCACCCUCGCCGCCGUCGCCUCGGCUCCAGACGAACAACGGCAACAAUAAGAAAAGACGCUUUCGCGAGGACCUGCGCCAGUUGGCAGACGACCGGGCGAAGGAGGCGGCGGCCCAUCGCCGGCCCCCCUCCUUCAACCAGAUCAAACAACAGAGGCGCCCAAACUCCGCCGGGACUAGCUAACCCGGAGGCCGCGCUACGUCAUCGGCGUGUCUGGACCGCGUCCCCGCAACGACCGCUUAGAGAAGAACGAAGGACGUGCGUGCUUCUUGUCAAAUGCGCUCCUUUUUCAUCUUUGACGGAGCACUUUCAACACUAAUCCAAAACCUGCGGCUUUGGUUUCAGACACCAAAUGGUAUUCACGUUGACGGAAUGUCGUGCCUUGAACCUUCAACUUGUUCUUCUGUCCUUGAUUUCACAGCUCGCUUGAGUCAAGUCUUUUUCUUUUUCACUGUAGCGGACAUGUUUUGGGUGGUUUUUUGCUUCGGAAUGCGGUUGUCGCACUGCAAUAUCGACACAGCAAAUGCUCUUCUUCAAACCAUCAAAUGACUUUUUUUCAGGGGGGGGGGGGACCUCCUCUCCUUUGGCAGUAUGUUGUGGUGAUGGAAAAACACCGUUGCCGCCCAAAGGAAAAAUGAAUGAAGGAGGCAGGACGCUGCAAGCGGACGCGAGCCUCUUUUGGGUCAAACGGUUCUUGUUUUGCUGCUUGUCUCGUUUUCAUAGACGGCGGCACAAGAUUUGCACAAUUUAUUCUUGCGCUUUUAUUUUGAAGCGUUUGCCAUUCUUACAGCUCAGCAAAAAGCACGGACGUUUCUUAAACCUAUCAAGGAUCUUUGCAAGCUGUGAAUUGUACAGAGUCGUCAACAGUCUAUUUUGUUCAACUUUGUGCAGAGGUGGCUUGGGAGUCACGGUAUCAAUUCGCUUGGAAUUGGGACUUUAGUAGUCAUUGAUGCAGAAUCCUCUACUUUGGGGAGUUACGGUACUUCCGGUUGAAAGAGACUUUUGUUCUCUGGCAUUUCUCUCUGGGCGCUUCUGCUUUGUUUUUGUUUGUUCUGCGUAGAGGACUCACUGGACAAAUUUAGGUGGCGGCUGGCGUUCCCUCACAGUUAAUUCGCUCCCAUGGCGAGGGGGGGGGAGAGAGAUUACUUUGACCUGCCACGCUGCGUCACUCAUCCGACCCGCUGCACUGUUUGAUCGUGUUGAGAGACAAAUAAAUAUUUUCAGUCUGACGGUCACA